AAAUCAAUCAAAGUAGAAAAACAAAAAUGAUUUACCUCAAAGCAAUACAUUCCUCUUUCACUCUCACCCAGCAUCCUCUUCUUCCCACAAGAGGCCACUUCAAGAGAAAGAACCCCAUACUCUCAUUCUGCAAGUCCAAUGAUUCUACAGAUUCAGAUGCUCCUCCUCCCGAAGGAGAUGAGCGUAAUCAGGAACUGCUUGCCAAAAUUGCAAUGCUUCAGACCCAGAAAGUUCGCCUGACUGACUACUUAGACGAAAGAGCAGCCUAUCUGACCCAGUUUGCUGAAGAAGCUAAUGCCGAGAUGAAUCAGAUAGGAGAAAAUGCCCUCAAAGAGCUUGAUGAAGCUGGUGCAAGGAUUAUGGAAAAUAUCGAGAACCAGAUGCAAGCCUUUGAAGAAUCAGUAGAGGUGAACAAGCAGGAGAUUGAAGAGAAUGAAAGGCAGUUAGCAGACUUUGAAGGUCAAAUAGAGAAGGAUAGAAAUGAAGGACUGUUCUUUAAGAAUCUAAUGCAAAGAAAACCUGUGGACAAAGCAAAAGCUAAGGAAGAGAUGGAGAAAAUUGGGAAGCUUAGUAGAGAGAGUGCAGGGUCAAAAACUCGAAGAAAUAUUUACCUGGCACUAAUCUGCAUAGUAGGAGUUGGAAUUGUUGAUGCCUUGAUCACUUCACCCUCCAACUGGCAAAAAUCCACAAUUCUUGGGAUAAUUUUGGUAGGUUUACUUUCCCAGUAUGUCUACGAACAAACAAUGAUAUCAGAAACAGAAAUAACUAGAAAACAGAAAUCUGGAGAAGAGAAAAAGUAAAUCCAUUUUAUUCCAUAUGAAGAGGUUUAAAUACUAUUCUCUUGUGAAAUAUGUAUAUAGAAUGAGUUAUAACCCCAAAAUAGAAUCUUAUAUUACUUGAGGCUAAUACAUCAUGCCACUUCUCUUUUGCAUCAGCAAUUGUGUUUGGUAAGCCCACUGCUGCUACCAAAGCCAUUGAUAUAACCGAUGCUUUAUAUUAGUUAUCUGACUUUCAAAAA